UUUGCCUGCGCCUUUUACAAUACAUUCUAAAUAAGUUUGCUUCCACUAUCAGCAAAUUAGGUGAAUGUGCAAAUACUAUAUAAAGAGCAAGGUGAAGUAACAAUCGAAACUUAGUUGUAAUUUCUUCUUGGAACGUGCUUUACACAAAUCUACAAAUCAUUAUGCGGGGUCUUUUAUUUCUUGAAUUGUGCCUUGUUUUCUUCGUUCCAAUCAGAGUGGCGAGUACAACAAAGCAGAAUAAUCAUACUGAACUAGUUAUCGAACCAAUAGUAGGGCAAUUUAUACAUAGUGAAGGUCCUCACUGGGAUCAUCGUACUCAGACACUCUAUUUUGUGGAUAUAGAAGCUCAAAACAUAUGUAGGUUUGCCCCUGCCACAAAAGAUCUUGCCUGCAUUUACAUAGAGAAUGGACCUGUUGGAUAUGCUAUCCCUGUUGAAGGGGAGCAUGAUAAGCUUAUAGCUGGCAGUGGUACAGAUUUUAUUCUAGUUUCAUGGAAUGGUCAGAACAAUAAUACAAAAUCUCUUCCUGAAACACUAGCUAUUGUUGAUCUUGAUCGCAAAGGGACUAGGUGGAAUGAUGGAAAGGUGGAUUCUUCAGGAAGAUUUUGGGGUGGAACAAUUGGACCAGAAGUGAAUGAUGUUGUUAUAUCUAAUCAAGCAUCUUUGUAUCGUAUUGAUUCUGAUCUUAAACCAAAGAAAACAUUGUCUCCUGUUACCAAUAGUAAUGGAUUAGCUUGGAAUAAACAGAAUAAUAAGUUUUAUUAUAUUGAUACUCCUACACUUAAAGUGGCAGCUUUUGACUAUGAACCCACCAAUGGAACUAUAUCUAAUAAAACGAUUGCAUUUGACCUUCAAAAAAAUAAUGUUUCUGGUUUACCUGAUGGUAUGACUAUAGACACAGAUGGAAAUCUUUGGGUUGCUUUGUAUAGUGGAGGUGGUGUGGUCAAUGUCAAUCCUUAUACUGGUGAAAUAUUGCGUUUUGUGGAACUUCCUGUAAAGAAAGUGACUAGUUGUACUUUUGGAGGUUCUUUGUUAGAUACCUUAUUUGUAACAACAUCCAGUCGCGAUUUAACCAAGGAAGAACAAGUAGAACAACCGCACGCUGGUUAUGUUUUUGCUGUACGAGGUCUAGGAGUACAUGGCCUUGUUGCAAAUUCAUUUAAAGUUUGAGUAAUUUUUUUUUAACAUUAAAUAUUCUUGUCUAUC